AUGGCCACCGCUGCAUCGCUUAACCUGCGCCUGCGCCUCGUCUGGCUGUUUCCAACGGUCAUAUUCGCGCAGAUUCUCUCCGGCACAUCUCUGGCAGUGGCAUCUCAGGACAAGCAGGCAGGGACAGCUGGCACAACAAGUGAAGCCGCAGUUUCUGAAGCUGCAAGAGACGCCAUGGGAACCCCGGAGCUCGUUUUCAGGCAUCGCAGCCUGCUCAGCUCCUCCACACCACAGCCCUUGCCCUUGCCCGUUGACGCCCUCACCUCUCUGCCGACUUCCACCAGCCUGCUCAGCUCCUCCACCCCACAGCUCUUGCCUGUUGAUCCCCUCAACUCUCUGCAAACCCCCACCAGCUUUGGUGGGAAUGAUGAUGGGGUCGGUGGCGAUGACGGUGUUGAUGGCAUCUGGGCGCAGCUGGCUUCGUGGCUCCACAGUCUAGAGGGAGCAGCCUCAGCAGCAGCAAAGCAGGGCAGCGGGUUCAGCCUGGGGUCCAUGCUCGAGCAUGGCAUGGUGCUGCCGUGGGACCUCCAUCUAGCCAAGCGGUUCUAUGGCCAGGUGUGGGAAGGUGUGGACAGGUAUGGGCCAGGUGUGGGCAGGGAUGGCCAGAUGUGGCUGGGUACGGAAGGGUGGGAAGAUGGGAUGGGUGGAAGCAAGGAGAAGGGCAGUGCACACGCCAUGUUCAGCCUGGGGUUCAUGAGGGACCUGCAUCUAGCCAAACGCUUCUACGACCAGGUGUGGGCUGGUAUGGAUAGGCCGGUGGGAUUCGUAACCUUCCCCCAGGCCGAUCGGCCCGGCCACGGCGGGAGCAUUGAAGACGCCCUGAGGGAUGACACCAACGCAUACAUCGCCUCCCUCCUCGCUCUCCUGCUCGCCGUUCUCUUCCUGUGCUCCCCCCUCCCUUCCCUCUUCAAUCGACUUCCCCUCUCCCCCUUCUCCCCCUUCCCGUUUCCCCUGCCGUAUCCCCCUUCUCAUCUUCUUCCCUCCAUGUCAUCCUUCCCCUCUUCCCCUCCCCUGCAAUCUCUCCAGUCCAAGGCACUGGAUGUGUUGCCUGAGAUUGGCCCAGCCACGGCGGGACCAUUGAAGGCGGCCCUGAGGGACGAUACCAACGUCUACAUCGCUUCUCUCCUCGCUCUCCUCCUUGCUGUUCUCUUCCUCCGCUCCCAACGCCGCCAGAAACGAGUGGUGCAGGCGUUAUUGGAAGGGGAAUUGGAGUGUGUGAUAGAAGCAUACUCAGCGUUUUUAUUAUGUUGUGAUGAUAUUGAACGGGUGCGUCUAUUGCAGCUCUGA